AUGAACGACGGAGACUGGAUAUGUAGCGAUCCUAACUGCGGUAACAUCAAUUUCGCACGGCGAAUAUCUUGUUAUCGCUGUAACAAGGAAAGACCAGAUGGAGUGAAACCUUCUAAAAAGAAACUUGGCACUGAGAUAGGCAAGUCUGCGGCUGAGAAAUCCCGAGGUCUUUUUAAUGCAGACGAUUGGCAAUGUAAUAAGUGCGCGAAUGUUAAUUGGGCCCGGAGACAAACGUGUAAUGUUUGUAAUGCGCCUAAAUUCGGUGAAGUUGAAGCUCGCACCGGCUACGGCGGAGGUUACAAUGAGCGUGGUGUAGUGGAGUACCGGCGACGAGAACCAUCAUCUGAUGACGAAUAUGAUGAGUUUGGAAGAAAGAAACGGAAGCGCAAAUUCGAGACACACGAAAAAGUUGGCAUCACUGAAGGACCAGUAAACAAAAAGUUGCCACCCACUGUGCUGCAGAAGGAAAAUAAGAUGGAUCAUGUAAUGCAAGUGCCACCUAAUAAGAUGUCAUUGCAUCAAAGUAAAGGACGAGAAAAAGUUAGUGGUAGCUUAAGUGAUGGCUCUGUGUGCGAUCUUCCUCCUCUUACUAAAGUUGCAUUUCGGAGAAAUCAACUUCAUAAUCAAACCAGUUAUCACCGACAAGAUCACAUGUUGCCCAGUUUCAAGGCCAAUGUAAAUGGAUCAAGGAAAAGAUUUGCAAGUAUAGGUGAUAGAGAUCAGACAGGAUCAUCAGGUUAUGAGACAGGAUCUAAGAAAAAAAAUGAACUACCAGUUUUAAAAGCAUACAACCCUGUUAUGGAAAAUAGAGUAACUUCUACAAACAAUGAUAUUGUCUAUAAGUUUACAGGUUCUACUCCUGCAGAAGACUUCCAGGUUACAUAUACUAUUGAAGAAAGAGUAAGAGCUGCUGCAUUUGCCAUUGUGCACAACAAUUGCAAAAUAAGUACAACCAAAUUUGAAUCCCUAUAUGACAAACCAGCACCAGAUUUUAAAACAAUUUUUGCUUGGAGACAACGUCUUUUGUUAACUGGCUGUUUGGUUGAUUCUCAUUUAGAGGGAUUUAAAAAAGAAACUCAAAUGGAACAAACAAUUUCUAAGAAUGGUGUUUCUUUGAGUGAAAAUGUAUCACGAAAAAAGGUGACACAAAUGUUACCAAAUCCAGAUGAGAUUCCAAUCCAAACAGACAGUGAUGAUGAAGGCUUAAAAAAAUCUGAAACUGUAAAUAAACCAUGCUUACGGCAAAGAAGUUUGAGCACAGAAACUCUUUUGCUUGGCGAUAUGGAUGGUAACAUUAGAGCUGGUGGUUCUGUUAGCACUGAAGAACAAGAAUCUCAGGUCAGAAGUCACUCAGCUUCUACACGACACAGGACCCGUUCUAGUUCUCGAGAUAGUCAAGAUUCUAAUUAUCCUGAUACGGAUUCUGAAAAUAUGGGAAUUAAGAAUACAAAGGUGAAGACUAAAAAAAUUAAUGUUGCUAGAUCAUCCAUUCAUGAGUCUGAUUCCGACUCUAUAUCUUAUAAUAGUGACGAUGGUGACUUUUUAUCAAGAGUGUUUGAAGAUGGAAGAAAAAUCAGACGUAAAGCCAAGAGAGGAUCUACUCCUAUUUUAAACUCAAAUGAUUACUUACCUCAUGAAAUUAAUAGUAGCUUUCAAGGAUACAGUACUGUACAGCAAUCUGAGCAAUCUCCUUUGGUAACUGGAAAUAUUUAUACAUCAAAUUUGCGUAAUAUGAAUGUUAAAGCACAAGAAUGUGUUGUUUUGGAUACUGAUGGUUGUUCAAGUGAAUAUGUGCCCACAAGAUUAGGUUCGACAGCUAAGAAAAAUUACCAAGAAUUUAGAGAUAGUGUAAAGAAAAAGGGUUACUGGGCUAAAGGAAAUGGAACAAGCCUUGGAACAAACAAAACAUCAACAUUAACUUCAGUUACACUUCCUUCUGCAAGAAGUGUACCAAAGCCUACACAAGAAACAUAUUACACAGAAAGUACUGGGUAUGUUUCAGCUCCUAUAACAAGUCGUUCUGAAGAUUUCACUAAAGAUGAAUUUGAUAAUUUUUCAUCAAUUGAUCACUACACACCUUUUGAUAAACCAAUGAAAAUGACACCUAGGAUGGAGGUAACUCCAGAAAAUAGUGCAAAAAUUUUUGAUUUGGUACAGUCAAAUUCUGCUUCGAAGAAACGAAGCAUAAUGGAUAUCUUUAGCACAGGCGAUCAAUUAAAUCACAGUCCUGAAAGAGAUAAUGAUCUGGCAAAAUAUGCUGAUGUACAUAAAAUGUACGAGACUGAAUGGGAUGAGGAUGACGAUGCUCUCUACAAAAAUACUGAUACUAUUGAAAUAUUUUCGACCAAACAGCAUACACCUUCUUCACCAAGCAUUGGUUCUCUUAGAGCUCAAAGCCCAACAUCUAAAAUGCUGUAUACUACAGAUUCCGAAUUAGUACAAAAAACUAGUAAAUCAAAUGACGUAAACAUAGAUUUCAUCAAGGAUAGGCGUGAUAUGUUAUUAGACCUGUUGAAAGACUUUCAAAAAGGCAAAGAACAACAUAUAAGUGAAAAUGAUUUAAUGCAAACACAAUUGUCAUUAACAGAAAAAAAUCCUAAAGAUUCUAACUAUAUUUUUAAUCAUACAGAUUCAAAAGUACCAAACCAUUUAAAGAUUAAUCAAAUAGAUCCUCAACCAAAAGAAAUAACAAAUGACAUAAUGAAUAAUAUAUUAACUGAAGCAACAACUAAAACCAUUUCUCAAGAAUUGCCGAAAACAAUAAGUCCUUCUAAGCGUGUACAUGUUUUAGAAACAAUUACUAUUAAAUCUAACACAAACCAAAAGUUUCCAUUGGAUGUCUCACAAAAUUCUAUGCAGAAUAGUUCUAUUGAAAAGCAAACAUAUAAUGACAGUCAUACAUUUAUAAAAUCUUCAUCACAAGAUACCAAUAAACAAUGUGAUGUUCCAAAAGAACCAGAAAAUUCUACUCCAAAAAUUGGUCAAAUAGAUGUUUCAAAUUUAUUAGCUAGUAUCAAUACCAAUACAUUAUUACUGGCACUUCAGAAUUUGCAGCAGAUGCAAUCUAGUAGUAGUGACACUAGCAAACAAACUGAAACGUUAGUCUCAGAGAAAAAUAAUAUUACUGAAACCAAUAUAACAGAAAAUGACGUGCAACAUGUAGAAACAAUUAACUUGACUAAUGAUGAGGAUUGGGAAAAAGAGUCAAAUAGGGAUGGUAGCAUAGAAAGGCAAUUAGAAAAACUAGAUGGAAAUUCAGGUGAUACACCUUUUUUAAGUGACAUUUUUGAUCCUGGCCCUGUUGUAAUGCCUACAAAUAUGGCCAAGAAGCUAAAUAUAAAUUUGAAAUUACCUGAAUUAAAUAAGACCCAAGACCCAGCACCACAUGUCAAUGAAAAUGCACCUGUGAUAGGUAAUUUUAAAAGUUUCGCACUACCUAAACCAAUAUUGUUAAAUAGGCUUAAAUUAGCUGUUAAACCAUCAGAGAAACAUGUAAAAAAACCCAGCGAUGGGAAGAAGAAAAAGCGAAAAAAUCAGGGCAAAGCAUCUGCAUCACAAGAUGAGGAAGCAGCAGAGGAAGACGACGAGGAGGAAUCAGGGGAUGAUGCGGAUCUUUCUAAGUAUGAUCUGUGGGGCAGUGAUGGGGAACAGGGCACCUCCUCAAAUUUGGAAAAUUCAGAAAAAACCAAAGACAAGGACGACACUAAAGAAGGAGAAGGACUGGAACAGACACAAAAAAAUGGGAAAACUAAUUCCCCCGAUGCUAAGAGUACUAGCAGUAGAAAGAGGUCCUGCAGUUCCUCAUCCUCAUCAAGCUCUUCUUCAAGUUCCAGCUCUAGUCACAGUUCGACACAAACACCUAAAAACAAAUUUGAUGACUUUAACUUGAAUAGCGAACGCGAGGGAUCUCCAAAGCGGCGUAAAUCGAGAUCACGUUCUCGGUCGCCGCGUUCUCGAUCGGCCACGUCGGGGACGAGGCGUAAAUCAAGGGAUAGCCGAUCUGCUGGCGAAUCAAGAAGUCACGAAUCGACCCGGGACAAAGAACGGUCCCGAGAUCGAGACCGUCGGGACAGAUCUCGGGGGAAUCGCGACGAUAGAAAAGAGCGUCGCUACAGUCGUGACGGACCUAGCAAUCAUUACGGUGCCCGAGGUAGACAUCGUUAA